AUGUCGAAAGGCCGACCAAGUAGUGCUCAAAACAAGAAUGCACACUUCUCUAAGCAUGGAAUUCGAGAAAAGGCGAAAAAAUACACUCUUGAAGACAUAGAACGGGAAUUUUUAGCCCAUCAAGAUGCAACGGAAGAAAUAGUAAUAGCAGAUCCAGAAGGUCCGGAUAAGCCACAAAUUGCUGGGAAAAUUGACGCAAGUGAAGAUAGCGCUAUGAUGGAUGUCUCUGAGGACUUACAAGUGGAAAAUAUAUCGCACAUCGUAGGAGAGCACCGGGAACACGACCCAACUCUAACAAAAGAGCAGGCCACGAACGUCGAAGAUGUGAUGGAAAUGGAUAGGGUCGAAAUGACCACAUUGGAUGCUCCAACGGCUUUUGUCGUUGACACUAAUUUUAUCAUCUCCCAUUUGGGCAUUUUGGAAGACCUACGUGCACUAAGUGUGGAAUACCGGCACAAGAUAGUAAUUCCUCGAACCGUGGUCCAGGAGCUGGAUGGUUUGAAAAAUGCCACCGAUAGAGUAGAAAGUUCUCAAUCAAUCGGCUAUGGUUCUUGUACCAUUGGCGCUCUUGCACGCAAAGCCAAUGACUGGAUAUACACGCAUUUCUCGAAUCUGGACUCUGCUGUUGUCGGCCAGCGCCUCAAUGAGAAACUCGACUAUACCAGUGAAAAGGACGAUGCAAUUCUUGAUUGCUGCUUGUAUUUCAUAGCCAAAAAGCACCUUUUCGUAGUUUUGAUGUCGAACGACAAAAACCUGUGUCUUAAGGCGCUCACCGAAAAAGUACUCACAGUUUCGCACCGUAAAGGCAUGUCAGCUAAGCUGAUUGCUGAGAGAGUUUAUCAAGAAAGAGUAUCUUUUGCUAACUUUGACGGUGAAAUAAGCGUGCGUCCAGAGCGUAAAGAGAACCCGAGUCCAGCACCUCUGACCAUAGGUCAACCCCCAUCUCUGUACGAAGCUGGCUUCCCAGAAAUCGCGGCGUCAGUGUUUAAAGAAGUUGAAGGAAUUGUUCCGUCCGCCAUUGACCACAUUCUGCAUGUUGAGUACGGAGAUGAGCUAGAAUUAACCGAUUAUGAAAGCACCCAUGUCAACAACCUUCUGGAUUGUUGCCGCUGUGUCGCGAAAUUUUGGAUAUCAGUUUUCAGCAUCUAUUUCAAGAGUACCGGUAUUCGAAAAGAAGCCUGGAAAAGUCCGAAAUCGUUCCUCAUCAAAAUACCGUCGAGCUUCACGGAAUUAGAAUACUUUGUUGAGUUUUGGGUUGCCUCACUUCAGUGUCUCUAUAAAGACCGCGAGAAGGACCAGAAAAAUGCAUUAAACAUAUUGGCGAUGAGAUGGAGCAAUGCGUGCUCUUCGAAAAAACCUUGA